ACCUUGUCCCUUUCUCGUCGCUGUGUCGGGCGAGCUCCUCUCUCUGUGAGUGAGUGAGUGAGUGUGUGUGUGUGCGUGUGCGCGCGAGUGUGUGUGAGUGUGUGUGUGUGUGUGUGUGCUCUGCUGUUGCUGCCCUUUGAUCCCUGCAUUAGUGUUAGUUAGGGGCUCGGAGACACACACUUACAGAGAGCAGCCAUAGUCAAGACACGGCAACAACAACAGCACCUCCUCCUCUACUCUUCCCUGUUCCCAACAAUACACUUAACCGAGGACAGCCAGGUGCACGACAAGUCCCUGCCAUCAGGCUCCCUCGCUAAAUUUCAAUGGGAAAAGACCUUUUUUCUUCUUAUCCCUAAACAAGAAGGAGAAUGUGAUAAAAGGGGGAAAAUGCCAAGGAGGAAACAGGAGCAACCCAAGCGCCUGCCUUCACAUGUGGACACGGUAGAGGAUGGAGGGCCAGAGGGUGGGUCAGUGGAGGAGGACAGCUGGUUUGGAAAUACUUCCGACAGCCCCUCUGAAUCGUCCUACGGUGAUGUGCAAGAUGAGCUGCGGGUUUCCCCGGACAAUGUUCCCCGACCAGACCACGACACUUCAGCCGAGAGCUCCCUGGGCUGCCCAACGCCAGUUCAGCGGGCCUCCCUGGAGCUGCUGGGGCUGGACAGUGGGGUCCUCUCGACCCAGGACACGCUGUCCUCAGUGGUGUCCUCUCUUUACGGAGACUCCAGCCAGGCCCUGGGCAAGCCCCUCAGCAGUAACCUGCGGCGUCUCCUGGAGGCUGGCUCACUGAAGCUAGAGGGAGGGGAGCUGACUGGGCGUGGAACGGGCAGAGGACCGGAGUCGCCUCCGGUCAGCUUGGUACUAUCUCCGUCUUCGCAUCACGCACAACAGCUGAGUGCCUUGGCGAGGAGGCUGGCUAACAGCAGCAACAACAGCGGUAACUCGAACUCUGCAUCACCCGCGUCUGUAGCAACUGUCAAGCAAGAGCCCUGUGACCCGUACGGCCCCAGCAACGGCCCUAACUCAGGCAGCAGUGGCUUUGUAUGGGUAGGCGUUGCAGAUAAAUGGCCAUCGGCUAGUUGCUCGGCACCCAGCGGCAGCAGCCUAUCACCAGACUCGGCUAUCCAGAAGUUAAAGGCAGCCGCCAACGCCGUGCUCCAAGACAAGAACGCGGUGGCAUCCUCCACUUCGGCAUCUUCAUCCUCCUCUUCCUCCUCCUCAUCCUCUUCAGUCACCUCCUCCUCAAUGGCAGCCCUGGGCACUCGCUCUGAUGAUGCGGUGCGCUUUGAACCGUUUGCUUCACCCUUCAGUCCGCAGUCAGCCAGCUCCACACUUGCUGCCCUCUCAAAGAAAGUGUCUGAAAGAAGUCAGCAGCAGGUGGGCUCAUCUGAGCAUCAACCCUCAGCUGGCUCCUUUCUCUCUCUGGUUUCCAUGACCUCCUCAGCAGCUCUGCUAAAGGAGGUGGCUGCACGAGCAGCAGGGAACCUUCUAGCUGAUAAGAAAGAGUCGGCAUUAGUACUGGGAGCCUCCGAAGAUGUCAAGCCCCUGUUAGACAGGAACCAGAAGGUGCCCACCCCAACCCAGGCCAUGGAUCUUUUGCUGCCAACAAUCCCCAAGGGAAGGGCCAAGCCCAGCAGUCAAGCAGGUUCUCCUGAGGAUGGGGGAAAGCCCUUUCAGUGCCCAGUAUGCGGUCUGGUCAUCAAGAGAAAGAGCUACUGGAAGAGACAUAUGGUGAUCCACACGGGCUUAAAAAGCCACCAGUGUCCCCUCUGUCCCUUUCGCUGUGCUCGUAAAGACAAUCUCAAAUCCCACAUGAAGGUCCAUCAGCACCAAGACCGAGGGGAGACCUUCCAGUGUGAACUCUGCCCCUUCACAUCCUCCCGCCACUUUAGCCUCAAGCUGCACAUGCGUUGCCAUCAGCACUUCCCUCGUCCCGACCUCAAAGUCAAAGAAGAACCCGGCACAGACACGGAGGAGGGCGAGGGCUUGCUCAUGGGGGACGGUGGAGUCGCUGGCGAUCAGGUCAUGAACACAGAUGCUUCCACGUCUCCCACUGUGAGCCAACCCGACGGUCGUUUGCUGGCCUCCCCCACUGAACCCUCGAACCACGUCCAGAUCAAGGAGGAACCCCAGGAGAGGGAUGUGUCUGUGAUGUCUCCCUUUGCCCUGUGUAGGGAACGACCCAGUAGCAGCAGUAGUUCUCUGGAUCUGUCUGGGCUCAAAUCCAGUCCACCAGGGCCUGGACCUACAGCUGCCUCGCUCUUCAGCCCAGAUAUCACCACCAAGACGGCUACGGACCUCCUCAUGAAGCUCUCAGCAGCGAACCAGAAGGAGGCCCUAAAGGGUUCAUUCUGUGUCAAGGAGGAGCCCCAGGCGGAAGAGCCCCUGAGCUCUCAGAGAGGACCCAGCUACAGCUUCUGCCAAGAAGGACCCCUAGGGGCCACCAAGCAACGAGAGGAGGGGAGCCCGAUGAUAGGCAAGAGCAGCCUACUCAGCCAGGACAUCAACGUCAAAGUGGCCUCUGAACUGCUUAUGAAGCUCUCAGAGAAUAACAAAGACGCUUGCAUCCAGAACGUCAUAGUGAAGGCGGAGCCUAUGGAAGUGGACCCGCCCCUAGAAUUGGCUCCACCCUCCUCUCAUCUGCUGGGUUUCAGCACUUCAGGGGCAUGUGAGAAGAAGGAACCAAUGGUCAACCUCCCAGAUCCUUUGCCCCGCCCCCAAAAUGACCUCUUCUCCCAGGACAUAUCAGUCAAAAUGGCCUCUGAGCUGCUUUUCAAACUGUCUGAAAAAGUAAGUAAAGCAAAUGAAAACAAAGACAAUGCAUCAUUCGGUAUACACAGCCCUUUCCUAGACGACCGCUUUAGACAAUCACCUUUCAGCACGCGCUCCAAGAGCUCUUCCCCAGCUGAAGCCGGAUCUUCAAGCAGGGUUGCCCAGCAAGAUCCAGACAAGGUGAGUAGUGAGCCAGGAAAUGGACUCGCCCAAUGGAGACUCAAUGAACAGCUCUUUCCCUGCCCUGUAUGUGGCAAAGUGUUUGGUCGCCAACAGACUCUCUCCAGGCAUCUCUCCUUACACACAGAAGAGAGGAAGUAUAAGUGUCAUUUGUGUCCAUACGCGGCUAAGUGCCGAGCCAACCUCAACCAGCACCUCACCAUCCACUCAGUCAAACUGGUGAACACAGAUGCUGAGCAGAUUGUUACCGCUGUUACCAACGAAGGCCCAGAGCUCAAAAACUGCCCCUACUACUACAGCUGCCACGUCUGCGGCUUCCAAACAGAGUUUAACGCUCAGUUUGUUAGUCAUAUGUCUCUUCAUGUGGACAAAGAGCAGUGGAUGUUCUCUCUCUGCUGUAGCACCUGUGAGUAUGUGGGUGUGGACGAGGCUGAGAUGAAAGCUCACAUCAGUGCAGGGCAUGCAGGUCUCAAUUCCAGAAGCCCUCUCAGUGAGACCAAGAGCACUUCCUCCUCUCUCUCAGCCCUCAGCGACUCCCUCAACAGCUCUGAAAGUGGAGAUGUUGUCCAAGGUAACGAAGAACUGAAAAGCCUUUUGGCUCCGCCUUCUUCUGUGGGCAGCCAAUCAAGCUCAGGCCCAGGAACAGAGGAAAAAGCAGAGAAAGGCUUUGAAUGCGUCUUCUGCAACUUUGUGUGUAAAACUCGGCCCAUGUACGAGCGGCACCUACAGAUCCACCUGAUCACACGCAUGUUUGAGUGCGACGUCUGCCACAAGUUCAUGAAGACACCCGAGCAGCUCCUGGAGCACAAGAAGUGCCACACCGUCCCCGCUGGAGGGCUCAAGUGCCCUCUCUGCAUCUACUCCACCAACAGGCCAGCCGCCAUGGAGGGCCACCUGAAGACGCACUACAAGAUGGAGUAUCGCUGCCGCAUCUGCCAAGCCGUGUGGGCCAAUCAGGCAGAGCUGGAAAGGCACACGCGUGCUCACCGCCUGGGCAACCACUACAAGUGCGAGCAGUGCGGCUACCUCUCCAAAACAGCCAACAAGCUCAUCGAGCACGUGCGCGUGCACACCGGCGAGCGGCCUUUCCACUGCGACCGCUGCAGCUACAGCUGCAAACGCAAGGACAAUCUCAACCUCCAUAAGCGGCUCAAGCACGCUCCGAGACAGACCUUCGGUUGCGCCCAGUGCCCGUUCACCACCACUCACCCGUUCGUCUACAGCCGGCACGUUAAAAAGCACCAAGGCGGGGAGGGGAGCGCCGAGGAAGGUGAGGCUCGGCCAGGUACGCCGCGCCCGGGCCUUUUGGAGCGAGGUGGGAGCAGCAGCGGGAGCGGGGACAGCGGGAGCACCAGUCCGCUCAUGAAUCUGUCCGCCUCUCAAGCCUUGCAGUCUGUCGCCCUGUCAAUCACCAGCAAGCAGCAAGACAGCACGCCAACCGCGCGCUACCUCUCGGCCAACGGCACGUUCUCCACACUGGCGGCUCGCUACUUGGAACAGUACAGGAACUGUGACCUGGCUCACCUCAUCCCCCUCACCACGCUCUUUACGGCCCGGCGCUUCACAUUCCACAGCCCCUCACCCUCAAACUCCUCACCGCCCUUCUCGGCAUUCUGGUCUAACUCAUCCUCUCAGUCACCUCCCGCUCCCACGUCGCUUAAACACUCCUUCCUGGCAUACCUUGGACUGACAGAGAGAGCUAAGACCAUUUGACCAUCCUUGUCCCUUCUUCUGCUUCAUGGAGUUUCCCCAUAUCAUCAGUCACCUACGCCACUAACUGUUCCACAGGCAGGCUGAAAUGCUGCCCUAAAAAGUAGUAAUGAUAGUAAAACAUCCAUUUAUCAGAGGAAAUGCUAUUCAUGCGCAAGGCAUUUCAUUUUCUGUUCUAUCGCAAUCCAAUCGUUGCUCUUUUUUAAGAGGUCUUAUAACAGUUGUUUUCCUCUGCAAAUUGUGAAUGACCUGGAAUCCGAUAAUAGUGCUUUAUCUAUUACAAGUUUUGUAUUCGUUUUAUUGGGCGAAAGGAAACAAAGAAUAUAUAAGCUUGCAGGCGCUAAGCUUUUUUUGUGCAUUUUGUCAGGAAUCCGACAGCAUGUUCGCUAUGUGUUGCAAUUGUUUUUUGAAGUCAUUUAGGGGCUCAGUAUGAAAUAUCUUGGGGUAUACAGUAUAUGGCACGACAAAAACCAAUGAAACGGAUAGCUAUCUUUCGAGUCUUGUUUCCAAAGCGAAGCCUCAGACCACGCACUUGUUAAUUUAUCAAGAUGUACAUAGUUUUGUAGUCUUUUCUUUUAUCUUAUCCCCCACGCCCGUUGGCAUUGACUGGUUCUGCUAAAUGGUGAGACCAUUGGCAAAUGCUAAUCUUGCCUCAGCAACAAGCAUAAGGCCCUUUACGACACCUGCGAGGCACAGCUGAUGGCAUUUCUUAAUACAAGCCAUUCAGGGCACGCUAAUGGCAAAAGCAAUCAUUACCACUACAGCAGUGGUCGUCAACCCAUGAUGCAGCCCUUUAGUAACCCUCACCCUACUAUUGUUCGCUGAAGAUUGUGCCAUAGCUGACCAAGGUGGGCUGGCCGUAUCCAGUAGGCAUGAGAUGUAAGUGACCAGUCAAGCGCCCUGUGCAUAGCUAACGUAUAUAAUGCGCACCCCUGCGUUUAACAAGAUGUAUGAGGUGACAGGUUUUUGGGAAAGACCCACUUAUUCUGUCACAAAGGCCGAUUCAAUGGUGCUUUUUGGAGCUUUUUUGUAAUUUUGUGUGUAAAAAAAAAAAAAAAACUGUUCCAAAAUGACUUGAAUGAAUGUACUUUUUGUUGGUUAAUGUUAAAGUGAUACAGAGGUAGCUGGACUGUGGUAAGUGAGAUCAUGGAAAAACAAUGGUAUCUCGGUGGCCUUCUGUGUCUUAAAUUUUGUUCUUCUAGUUGUUUUAUUAUUUUUUAUUAUUACUUUUAUUUUGAAAGAGCCUUUGAAAUGUAAAAUACAAAUAUAUAUAUAAAUAUAUAUAUCCUGUACUAACAAGCUAUUAUGAGAACCCCAUUGGAAAAUGGCUCUCAAGUGCAAUGUGGAGGCAGCCAUUAUUAUGAGUAGGAUUUGUGGAAGCAUGGCUUUCCAUAUGUGGGCAAACAUGGUACCAUAAUUCUGUGUUCCCCUCUCCGUGUUUUGAGUUUUAAUUGCACUUAAACUUUUGAAACGUUUUAAACAAAAGCACUUACAUCCAACAGAAAACGUUCUUGAUGCCAAUUAGUUCACCUGCCUCUUCAGACAGCCUCGAUGCUAUAAGUAAUUGUUUUUUUGUUUUUUUUGUGUUUUGUUUUUUUGUUUUUUGGUCUGCCACAAUGGUUGAAAAUACACAUUUCUAAACCUGUAGGUAUUUGCCAAACAACAGUGAUUCGCUGCUCCAUUUUGAUGGAUCGUAUGGCAUGUGUAAUGCGGACAGCUGAGUUCAAAAUCCCCCUGGACACCAAAGGGCCAGGCUAAAUUUUAAACAGCAGUUUUGCACAGUGCUGUAAAAGUUGCACUUUUCUAAACAAAGUAUCAGAACACAAUUAUAUUCAAUGCUCUAAAAUGUAAAACAUUCAUUGGAUUCCCUGCCCAUUGUGUUGGCAAGCUCCUAAUAAAUCUAUCCCCUGGAUCAUUUUUAACACAAAUACAGUUUAAUUCACGUUCUAAACAGAUUAACUGUAACAGACUGAUUUUUGAUGAGCACUUUUGCUUAGUUACUGAAUAGAGAAUUUAGAUUAUAAGAAAACUUAAUUGGUGCUAAAAGAGUAACUUAGCGUGUGUUUGGUUUAGUAACCAAACACGAAUCAGCUGAUACCCAUAAGCUCAAUAUGGCCAAAUAUUGGUUGCCUAAUUAGCCUGGCCAAUAUAUUGGUCUAUAUAAACCCAUUCUACUUACCAUGUCAAACUUGAGGUCCAAAAAUACUUUAUUCUUUGACAAUAGAUUGCAUUUGGACUAAAAUCUCGUCCUGUUUUUGUCCAGCAAACAGGAUCUGAUUAAUAAUUUGAAUGUCCAUCAAAGAUGUACAACGUUCUCCUACCUUCAUUCAUACAAGGAUAGCAGAUAAUGGACAAGGAUAAAAAUGUGGCCUGUUUAGAUAUAAAUUGCAUCAGGUGACAAAGGGUUUCGGAUACAGCUGACCUUAGACAUUUCAAAAGGAAAAAAGUAGCAGGUCAACCUUGAACUGCAAAGAGAUAAUUAUUCACUCCCAAUUCUAUGAUGAAAAUAUCUAUGUUUGAGGCCAGUUUAUAAAUGAAAUGCAGGCUAGAAAUAGAGCCAUUAAAAGAUGGUAGAUAGUUUCUUGGCCCCGCACAGUAUCCUUAUUUUAUAGGCCUACUUGUAUUUUUUGCUCUCAUAAUAUCUUUUAAUUUUCUUUAUGUAAAUGCCCAGCAUGCAGUCUAGUGGUAUGUUGUAUUUUAAGUGGAGCUUCUUUGCUUGUUAAUAAAGCUCCUGCUUAACCCAUUAUCUUUUACGCUCUAGUGCCACUUGGUGGCAAGGAGUGGCCCGAGAGCCUGAGAUGAAGUGAAACUGAUCCUCAGGACCCAUUUUGAUAGAAUGAAUUCAAAUGGAAUGUCCAUUGGGCAACAUCCUUUUGUCUGUCUGCCUUGGAACACCAUGUAAUCAUCAUGUAGAAGAACAUGGCUGCUGCUCUUUCAUUCUAAGUUGUGUGGGCAAGAGGAGCGUAACAGGGAUCGCUCUCGGUUCCAAUUCCAGUAUUUAUAAAUACUUAAUACUUGCCGUUCUGUUUGCCUAAUCACAAGGAGCAGCAUUUUUUGUUUUAGCGUCAUUGCGCAUCAAACGAGACUGACUACCUUUUUAGCACUUCAAAAGAUGCAUGAAAUUGCUCUUGAUCUCUAGUUUGUAGCACUUAUUCUUUUUUUUCUUUUCCUUUUUUUUUGGUCAGAAAAAAAGACCAACUCGUUUUGCAUUUAGCUUUGCGGGUUAUUCUGCACAAUCUGUUUGCUUUAUCUCUUGCUGUACUCUACAACUCAAUAAGGCUCAAGUAUCAUUUUGUUUCUUUCUUAUUUGGCACCCAGUAAACUUGUUAUGUGCUGUAUAAAGCUUUUUUAUUACUUCAUUCUUAAGGCUGUACAGGGUUGUUUGUGACAAUAACUGGUAAUUAGAUCAUUUGUACUUUUUAUUUUGUUUUGUAUUUCGGUUUUCUUGGUUUUUGCAUUCUUUGUUCAAAUUGCCAGUUCUAAAUGUAACAGGAUUUGAAAGUAAAGCUUACAUCACAUAUUA